AUGAGGGCAAUAACAACGGAUUCAUGUGUUCUCAUCUAUAUUUACACAUUUCUGUGUUCAGUGUUUAUAGUCAGAGGUGAAAUGCCCCCGGAAAAUGACUCAUUAAUACGUAUACCGGGCAUCAAACUAACAGCCAUUGAGGAUGGAGUGACUAUUAAAAUCGACGGCGAAGCGUUCUGGGGAGUCGGUAGAACUGGAAGUCAUAAUAAUGACACGCCAGGUGGAUCGACGCAGAAACGUCCGACGAUUCUGCAGAGACUUGGCGCCAUGAUGAUGCUGGUGCCUCUGGUGAUGCAGCUACUUUCGUUGCCCGGUGCACUUGCCUCGAUAAAGCUAUCUCUACUGAAGAGUCUUCUCGUGGGGAAGGUGGCUCUCAUCGUAAUAUUGUUCAAUCUUUUGAAGAGUCUGCAACCGCCGGAGGUUGUGGUGGUGCAUCAGCCACCCCCCGUCCACUACGAUCACUACUAUUCACCCUACGAGGACGAUGAGGGCAACAAGGGCUGGUUCACUUGAUGGAAAAUAUAAAU